CCUUCACAGGAGAGAUCCCGCUGCUGCCUUCCCGCCGCCUCUCUCUCUGCGCCCGCCUCUGCCUCGCCAUUCCGCCGUCCCCUGCGCCGCUCGCUCGCCCCGCCCCGCCCGUCUCCCGCCGUGCACGACGUCCCGCUGCCGCAGUCGUCCGCGCGAACAGCCUCGCCCCGCCCCCAGCGCCCGCCACUACCGCCAAACUGUCGCCCAUACUCCUCAACCGCACCUCGCGCCUGAGCUUCGCCGGCGACCCGCGGCCCCACCGACUGAGCCCCGACCGCGCCUCCUCGUACAGCGCCGCCAGCAUGUCCCUCGAGGCAAAGGAGGCCCGGAGGCGGCGUAGCAGUAGUCUUGUCUACAAGGAGCCGCCCGAGUCGCUCGAGCAGCUGAGCGACCAGGCCGCCCUGCCCAAUCUGAAUGCCGAAUGGGUCAACGCCAAGGGCGCCUGGGCAAUCCACUUUGUCCUGAUCUUCAUCGGCAAGAUCCUCUUUGACAUCAUCCCCGGCAUGUCGCAGGAGACGUCCUGGACCCUGGUCAAUCUGUCGUACAUGGCCGGAUCCUACCUCAUGUUCCACUACGUCCGCGGCGUGCCCUUCGACUUCAAUUCGGGUGCCUACGACAACCUCAACAUGUGGGAGCAGAUUGACAACGGCGACCAGUACACCCCAGCAAAGAAGUUCCUCCUCUUCGUGCCCAUCGCGCUAUUCCUCGUCAGCACACACUACACACACUACGACAGCACCUAUUUCAUUGUCAAUUGCUUGGCCACCAUAGCUGUCGUCAUUCCCAAGCUGCCAUCGCUGCAUAGAUUACGAGUUUCCUUUUUCAACUCUCCCCCGGACGACAUAUAGUCACAUCCUCCUUUGCAUUGCAUUCGUUCGAUUGGAUUCUCAUCAUGUAUUUCUAAUCACAUCAUCCGUAUAGUCACGAGCAGACUAAGUUGCAUCAUCGGCGGUCGGGCGUUUGGGGGCUUGCUAGGUUGCGAAAGCAUGGCGCUUUGAUACAAAAAGGUAGCAAUCACGCAGUCACGUGCUAUACAUGCAGCGACUUCUUAAUAUACAUGCACACACUCAUCCACGGCGACAUGCCGUUCAUGCCUCCGCUACAUGUACAGACCAACUGUAGUGUAGCCCACGUUUCCAGCACCACGAGAGCCACGUUCUGCAUAGAGUAGACCCGAUCGAGUGGAA